AUGUCUCAGAAUUUCUUCGCAGCCCUCGACGACUCGGGCGAUGAAGCACCUGCUCCUGCCAAGAGCGUUGCAAAGAAGCGCGAGCCGAAGACCUCCAGCAAGUCUGAAUCGAGUUCCGCUGUCACCAGCCGUCGAUCUAACAACGAUCGCAACACUAAGCAUGGACGCGGAGGACGCAAUGCUCCCAGGGACGGGAAACGAGCAUAUGAGCGACGCAGUGGAACUGGGAGAGGGAAGGAGAUUAAGAAGGGAGGAGGCGGUGCCAGAAACUGGGGAUCUGACAAGGCUGAUGCUAAGAAGAUGGAAGGCACAAUCAACGAGGACGAAGUAAAGGAAGAUGCGCCAUCCGAAUUGCCUGUGGAAGAAGUCGUGGAAGCUGGCAUUGAAGAGGCUCCCAUUGAAGAGAAGCCUGAGGACAAUACCAUGACUUUUGCAGAUUACAUGGCAGCUAAGGAAAAGAAAGAGGAGACGGCUGGUCGUGAAACUGAAGACGAAUUCAAGGGAUUCAAUGCAGCGACAAAGGUAGAAGAAGAUUUCCUUGUGAUGGGAGGUGCAAAGCAAAAGAAAAAUAAGAAGAAAAAAGAUGGAGAGAAGAAAACAGUCGAAGUUGGAUUCCGUGUUGCUAAUCCAAACAGUGGCAGAGGUGAUCGCGACCGCGAUCGUGGUGGCAGAGGAGGCCGUGGCGGAAGAGGCCGUGGCGGACGAGAUGGGCGUGGUGGCAGAGAUGGGCGUGGAAGAGACGGACGCGGAAGAGGCAGGAGCAGUGGGCGCGGUGGAAGAGGAAGGAACAGUGGCCUCAAUGUCCAAGAUGAAACCGCUUUCCCAUCGCUGUAA